AUGGCCAUCUGCUGCAUGUCGCCUCUGCGGCGCGGGAGCCCCGCGGGAGACACGGGCGGGAAGGGAGGAAGGAGGAGGAAGGCCCAGGUCCCCCUCGUCCUGCUCCUGCCCCGUGCCCUGGAGGAUCCGACGCGGCCGCCAUGUUGCCGCUGCGCGCCUGCGCCAGAGAGCCCGCGCCUGCUGUGCCGAGAUCCUGGCCCAACCGUGCCGCUGGCUGUCGCGCGCACCGCCCUGCCGCCGGCUGCUGCCGUGCACCGCAGGAGCAGGCUCGGGAGGCCUCUGGCCUUCCGAGACAGCGAGAGCUCGCCCAGAAGCCCGACCAGCCUUCCGAGAAGCCCUGGCGCCGCCGAUUUGGCAAGAUGA